AAGGCGCCCGGGGGCUGCUGUGGAAGGAAGAGGAGGGGGCGGGCGGGAUAACUGUUGUGCGCUCACCGGCUGGGGAAGCGCGAGUGAGGAGCUGCGGGUAAACACGCGAAGGGGAAGCGCUGCCGUGCUCAACUACCUCAGGAGUGGAUCCAUCGUGGCAUUAGCAUCCCGUUUUUCCAGAUACAUUCCUGGAGUGCUUGUUCUCUCUGUGUGUUCUGCUUUCCCUUCCCACAACUCACUUCAAUGCCUGCAUGGAAGAAUAAACCGGUCAGAGGCGUCUCUCAGUCUCAUUCACUUUCCAGUCUGCUGGAAUAGUCUUCUGUCCAAGCACUGUGGAAGAUAGCAGGGGCAGCAGCUAUUGGUUUUCAUCCUCUCUACGCGCAUCUAUAAAGGGGUCAAGGCCCUCUCCUUUUGACAAUGAUGAAGACUGAAGGCAAAGGAGAGAGGACUUUGCGAAGUGCUUCUCCACACAGAAAUGCCUAUAAAGCUGAUUUUCAUGCUAUUAAGUGCAGUUUUGAUUCAGUGAAUCCUGAUAAUGCUUCAAACAAAUCUGGCCCUCAGCAAAAGCUGACCAGCUCAUCCAACGGAGGAGGUAAUGACCCACAUGUUCGUGGCAGAACUGUUACCUAUGGCAACAGAGUUCACAAGAUCAAAAACAUGUUCAUGCAGAUGGGUGGCUCUUCCACACCACCUUGUUGUGAGAAUAGCCUUCCCUCUGAGCCCAAAAUCAUCACCAAAACAGCUUCAACUGACCCUGCACCUCCUUCUCCCAGUAGCCCAUCUUUCCUCUGUGUUCAGAAAAAUAACCUGCUCAACAUUGGCACUGUUCCCUUUACCACUUCUCAGGAUUCUUUACCUUCAGCUUCAUUCACUGACAAAAUUAUUAGCAACAAUGAUGAAGGAAAUCUAGACAAGGCUGCACUGGCAGAGAAGUUUUCUGAAACUAGGAAACUAUUUGAAAGGAACAUAAAGCCAAGUUCAUUGGACAGAUGCACUUCCAACAAAGGUGACAGGAAUGAAGACAGGAGGAGACAUGGAUCUGCCUCUUCUGACUGUAGUAAUGCAAUAGAUCCCUUAAAUUUCAAUACUGAUCUGAGCUGUCAGCUUGUCACAGACAAAGCAGAUAGUCAAGAAAGUAAUGAACACAAAUUGCAGCAGUCAAGUGGUAGCUAUCGAUCCUCCUUACUGAAUGCUGGACCUAUUUCUAGAAGACUGGAGAAUUUCUUGGCUGAUAGUGAUGGUGAGGAGUCCAAAGACACUUUGAAAAAUGAAGACUCUUUUAGCCCUGUCCAGACAGUGUCUUGCAGCUGGGAAUUGCCAGUGGUUACGGAAGAACUCUGCUUGAAGCAAAAUCAGCCUACCGCAACACCUGACCUUUUGAGUGGCAGUAGUGUUAAUAAAAGAGAUGAACUGGGUAAGACCACUGAGGAAGCAUCUGAAAGAGAUCAAGCAACUUCUAAAAGGAACCAGCAGGGUGCAAGCAGUGUACCCACUAAAGUUGAUAGAGCCCCCAUAAAAAUCUCUCAGGUAGAAGUAGUUAGAGCUGAACUGAUUAUGGUGCAGAAUAGAAAUUUAGGAAAUGACAGUGGAAUUGUGGGAGAAGUUAAUGUCUUCCAGAAGGAAAAACCACUCAGAUUCCCAAGUUGGGAAGGGGAAGGAAAUGGUCUUACACUUGAAGAAACAGAGGAACUUAGUAUGUGUAGUGAGUCCAGUCAGAAGGAAGGGAAAGAGGUAGCAGAUCUGGAAGAAGCUCAAACAAGAGAGCAGGACCGUGUAGUACAAGUAGGAGAUAGUGAAGAUGAAGAAGGACAAGUAGAACAGAGAGACAAUUUUAGUGGAUUUUGUUCUAGUUCUUUUGGGAUAGAGAAUGCAGCUUUUGAUGAUGAAAGAGAAACUGAGUUGAGUCAGGACCCUGAUGGAGGAGAAACUUUACCAGAUGAGGAAUACAACUGCUACAGUGAUUAUGAGGAAUUUCCUGGACUCUCUGAGGAAGAAGAUCCUGAUCCAGAGAGAAAAGUAAAGUUUUCAUCAGCACCAAUCAAGGUGUUCAGUACUUACUCAAAUGAAGACUAUGAUAGACGCAAUGAAGAGGUUGACCCUGUGGCAGCAUCAGCUGAAUAUGAACUUGAGAAAAGGGUGGAGAAAAUGGAGGUUUUCCCAGUGGAAAUUGAAAAAGGUGACAGUGGAUUAGGUAUCAGUAUAAUUGGAAUGGGUGUUGGUGCAGAUCAGGGACUAGAAAAGCUGGGCAUCUUUGUAAAAACAAUAACUGAAGGCGGAGCUGCUCAGAAGGAUGGUCGAAUCCAAGUAAAUGAUCAGAUUGUUGAGGUUGAUGGUAUCAGUCUUGUAGGUGUUACCCAGUUUUUUGCAGCAACUGUAUUAAAAAAUACAAAAGGCACAGUCAGGUUCCUGAUUGGAAGAGAAAAACCAGGAACUCAAAGUGAAGUAGCUCGCCUUAUCAGUGAGACUUUGGAACAGGAGAGAUGCUUAUAUGAGCAGCAGUUUGCCCAUGAUGAUACAGAACAGGAUGAUGAUUAUGAUGAUGAAGAAGAUUCAUUUGAAUCACAUUUACAUGGAAAAUCUGUGGAAGUGUUCUAUCUUCCUGAAAAUGAAGAUAUUAAUUUACCACUAGACAUGGAUUCGGCACAAUUUCUGCUGAAGUUUAAAGAGUUACAGUUAAAACAUGCUGUUACAACAGCUGAAGUUAACCAACUUAAGGAAAAGUUAAAAGCAACAGAAGCUGAAAAGGCUGAAUGGGAGUUAAGUAAAUCCCAGCUCCAGGAAACUUUAGAUGAGAACAAAGAAAAAAUAAAGAAGUUGGAAACGUAUUGGUUAGAAGCGCAAAGUUUGUGUAAAACAGUCAAUGAACAUCUUAAAGAAACCCAGGAACAAUAUGAUACAUUGGAGAAAAAAUACAACAAAGCCAAGAAAUUACUCAAGGAAUAUCAACAGAAAGAAGUUGAACUCAUUAAAAAAGAAGAGGAUCAUACAAAAAUUCUUGAAGAGAGAAACCAGGAGCAUGCAAAUCAACUGAAAAUAUUGCAGGAGAAGAUUACAGAGCUUGAAGAUAAAUUAAAAAUAUAUGAGAGACUCCCUUAUCUCUUUGGAAAUAGUGUUUUGUUAACAACUGACACUUCAAGUUGUGAACAACUGACUGAGCAUCUUAAAGUGAAAGAUGAUGUUCAGGAAAUUGAGUCUUCAAUAGAGAAAUUAGAUUUUUCUGAUUUUGAUACCUUUGUUGGGGACACACCAAGGUUAGACACCAGUGCACAUAAAGCAAAAGCUCAGCUUGCCUUGAAAGUAAAACGUCAGCCUCCUUCUCGGUCAAAGCUAAAAGAAUCUCUUGGGGCUGGACAGAAGGAUGCAAACUCACAGGAUGUGGAUGAUGAUGAUAAUGAUGACUAUAUCCAGGAAAAUAUCCAGAACAAGUCUUCAGAAGUGACAGAAAAGAUAACAUCAUCACAGCAGAGUGAUGUAGAUCAAAGAGUUAAUAAACAAGAGUGUGCUGAAAACACCUACAGUUUGUUAGAAUCAAGUCCAUCUGUUUCUGUGCACUCUUCCCCAGUGUAUAAGCCACACACAGAGAAUAAUUCUGGAUCAACCCAGUCAGCUCCUAAUGAUGAUACUACUCCAAAUUCUCCAGGAUACUGCAGAAAUGUUAAGCAGAGAGAAUCAAAAGGCAAAGGAAAAUCAAAUAAAGAUGACAAACGAAUUGAAGAAAAAGCUGAAUCCAAUGAAGGUACAUCUGGGGGGAAGUCCAAAAGGCGUUUUCCAGAUUUUGGGGGCCUAAGAAAAUCUGGUGGCAAAGGGAAGAAACAAGAAAAAGAAAAUGCAAGGGGAUCUCUUGACAGCCGGGGCUCCCGAGAAUUGCUGGAAGACUCUGUUAACAACUUAUCUGCAUCAGAUUCAGAUUCUCCUAUUCCCACUUGCAUGCCUUUCUCUUGGUUUGGAGACAGCCAUAAAGAGCAUAGUUCUAGUAGCACUCUGAGCUUUUCCCAGGGUGGACAUGAUGUUGUCUUUGAACAGAGCCAAGAAAAGAACAGAAGCAAGACUCUAGAUGAUGAACCAUCAGGUACAGGGAAACAAAACCAGUGGCAUAGCAGACCCAUUUCUGAAUGGACAACACAACAAGUUUGCCAUUGGUUGAUAGGAAUGAACAUGGAGCAGUACAUCACAGAAUUCACAGCCAAGAAUAUAGAUGGACAACAGUUAAUGCUGCUUGACAGUGACAAGUUGAAGAACUUGGGAGUAAGCAGUCAAAACGAUCGAUCAAUGCUUAAGAAGAAAAUUAAAGAUAUUAAAAAAGCACAAGAAAAACUGGAGAAACAGAAAGAAAAGUUUCAAAAGAAAGAGAAAGAAGUUCGGAGGACUGGCAGAGUGGUAGCCACUGUAGAAUCAAGCUGCUAAAAUCAUUUAACACCAAUGUGCGAGUUACCUACCCUGGUGCAGUCUCCCGGGCUAAGCUGCCGCUACAGCAGUGUAAUGCUUCUUUAUUUUAGCAGACUUUACUUCCACUUAAAGAAGUGUAACAACUGUAUAUUACUGUAUAAUUUUGAAGGAGGGAGGGGGAAAUGAUAGUUUUACAACAUAGGCUUUUUUACCUGCAGUUUCCAUAAUACUUCCGCAUUUAUAUGAUUCAUUUAAAUGAAAUAUUUUUCAAUUUUUAUAUUUAGCUCAUUAACUUGUACUAAUGGAAAGUAAAUUAACUUUUUCAUAAAUAAUAUGUAUAUAAGUGUCCAGCUGUUCUCACUCUCUGAAGUGUCUGAUGAAAAGUGGUAUAUACAGUUUUGGAAAAAUAGGGUAUGAUACAAAUUACAUUAUAAUUUUGGGUGGAUACUGGUAUAGAAGCAGUAUCAGGUCAUUAUGUUCUAUUGGAGAUAGUUUGUUGUCACUAGUGCUGUAUAGAGAAAAAAUGAGUUUUUAAAAGUAAUAGAAAAUUAAUUUAAUCAAAUUUAAUGAAGUGUUCAAAAUCCUGUAUUUUCCAGAGUUCAUUUUAAAUUGAAAACAUAUUGUAGUAAUAUAAUUCAUGACUUCUUAGUUUCUUAUUUUCUAAAAUAACACGUAAUUUUCUAAAUGGUUGUAUGUUGAAGCAGGAUUUCAAAGUUUAUCAAGCAAUUUUAUACACUUUUGUAUGUAAUAGUUGUUUAGUUCAUGUGAUGGAUAAGUUCAGAUUGUAGUUCUUGCAUUAUGUUUUCCUAUUCCAGAUAGUUGAGGACCAAAAUUAUAUUUUUGCUAAUUUUUACAUGAAAUUGGUCUUCCAGACUUACUUCCAAAAUAGGAAUUCUCUGAAAAAGCAUCAAUAAGGCACUGGGAUUUCUGCAUUGUAUGCAAUUGCACUGUAGAUUACAAUAUGUCUUCCUUUUCAUGAGUAGGGUUUGUUCUCUGGAAUAGUGUAAAACACACAUGCCAUCUAUUGGGUAACAGUGCAAGCUGUUGUAGAAAAAUACACUACAUUAAAGUGACACUUUUGAAAAUGGAAUAAAUUUCAUUCAGAAAAAAGGAACUUGUUCUUUGGAAUUUUUAGUUAUGACAGUAAUGUGGAGGAAUUAGUACAUGCAUUAGUGGCAUACUCUCGUAACGAGACGAAAAUAAUUUUGUAAUAGAACAUUGAAAGCUGCUAGUUGUAUAGCCAAAUAGAAAUCCUGUCAGUGAGCAACUGGCAAAAUAAAGAGGUUUAAACUGGUC